CGGAACGGGGAAAACGGAGAGCGGACAGCAGUGGGCGGCUUCUUUGUUUCAAAAAUAUCGGAAGCCCGCCGAAAUCUCGCCGGGGUAUCGCCGGCAUUCCGAUUCUCCGGCCCGAUCGGCCUAUAUCUUCGCUUCUCUCGAGCUCGCUUUCUACUUUAAUUUAGACAUAAACAGAAAGAGAGCGAGGGUUUCUUCUUUUUUCCUCUUCGCCUCUUGAAGCGAAGAAGGCAAGGAGAGAUCGCUGCAAACGUCUCUUUCGAGGAUUUCUUGCAGCGAUUCGUGCUGUUGGGGUUGAAGAAGCAAUCGAGAGAACUUGAAAAAAAAAACCCAAAAGAAUUGGGCAAUCGAUUCCAUCACAUCCAAAAGAAAUCGAGUUAGAAAAGGCCUCGAGGUAGAUUCGGGAGAGCAUUGUGGUUGCUGGAGAGAUGCUGACCUGCAUCGCUUGUUCCAAGCACGAGAUUGAAGAUGGGGCUGAAGACACCGCGCGUGCUGGGACCCCAAGUACCAAAGACGCCGUCAAAAGCCUGACCUCCCAGAUAAAGGACAUGGUGUUGAAGUUCUCUGGCUCGAACCGGCAUUGUAAAGGUGGCAGCUCGUCUCACCGGAGCAAGAGCUUCCACCACCCCCGCCACCAUCACAGUGGUGGCGCCAGCAGCUCAUUCCCACUCAUCGACGAUGACGCGGCCUCUGACGGUGGAGGUGGUGGCCACUACGCCUUCCUGCAGGCUGCGAGCUCAAGCUCAACCCCGGCGUGGGACUUCACGAGUAUUGCCGGUGACAGGGAUGAUGACAGGUUCAAGUCCCACAAGUGGAUGCCGGGAGUUGGGGUGGUGGCAGCAGCGGAGGAGGUGGUGCUGGAGGAGGACAACGGCGAGCCCAAGGAGUGGGUGGCUCAGGUUGAGCCCGGCGUCCACAUCACCUUUGUUUCUCUCCCUGGCUGUGCCGGCAACGACCUCAAGCGCAUCCGUUUCAGUCGGGAGAUGUUUAACAAGUGGCAAGCACAGAGGUGGUGGGGAGAGAACUAUGAUAGGAUCCUGGAGCUUUACAACGUGCAGAGGUUUAGCCGCCAGGCACUCCCAACUCCGCUGAGGUCUGAUGAUGGCGGGGGAGAAGCAUUCUAUUCGCGUGUGGGGUCGACAAGGGAGAGCCCCGUCACCCCUCCUCCAGGCAAAGAGCGGCUCUCUCGAAGCACAUACAGAUCUCAUUCGGCUGCCACCGGUAAAGGAACGUACUAUCCGACGGUGCCUGACCCUUCAGAGCAUACUUUCCCUCAUCACCUCAAUCCUUUUGCUGCUGCUGCUGGAGCUGGAGCUGUGAGGACUUCGGGUAUCAAGUGCGGAGAGGCCUCUGCGGUCGAGGCAACAAGAACAACUACAUCCUCCAGGGACGAGGCCUCUAUCUCCCUCAGCAAUGCCGGUGAUCUGGAGGCGACUGAGUGGGUGGAGCAGGAUGAGCCUGGGGUUUUCAUCACCAUCCGAGAGCUGGCUGACGGGACACGUGAGCUUCGUCGGGUUCGAUUCAGCCGAGAAAAGUUUGGGGAGGUGCACGCCAAGCUGUGGUGGGAGGAGAACAGAGAGAGGAUACAGGUUCAGUACCUUUGAAAGCCAUCCUGAAGUCUCUCGGGUAUGAAGCCUGUUCCUAAGAAUAUAAUACACAAAUUAGAAAUAGAUAGGAAGAUAAGUUAAAUAUGGAGAUAUUUUACCCUUUGGCCUCACUGUAGCAUGGUUGCUCAUUACUGAUCUUCUGUGUAACACUUUGUGGGAUUUUCUCACUUUGUUCCUAUCCAUAUUUAGGCUGUAUUUAGUUUGUUAUUAUGUGUUUCCUUUAUUCGCACUUGACCCGACCGAAAACCUCCAGUCAAUACAUUCUAUACGCCGAGGGUAUCGUGGCGAACGCAUUUGAAGGCCAUUGUGCUCACAGACUAUAUUCCAUGUAUCCAUAGUGCUGUAGCUUGUAUACUCCCUAACAUGAUCUAGAGGCUAACAUAGCAAGCUUUGCGGCAUAAGCUUACCUAACAGGAACAACCCCCAAGUCGUUUUAGCUUCAAAGUUUUGCAUGGCAUGAGCACCGACCGAUCUUUUGCACUUAAUGCGCGAUUUGCACCGCAAAGUACUGUACAUCACUCGAUGGCCGCCAAUGAAAAAUGGAUAGUUAUCCAACAAGACAGCCUUAUAUGCCAUACAUGGCGCAUCGCUGUUGAUAGCUAUCCAUCUCUUGAUGGCAACCAUUAAGCCGUGUACAACACUCUAUAAUGCAUACUGCACUGCGCACUACAAAGUAUCCUAGAUCAAUAUGGCAAAAAUUGAUUGUACUUACCCUGCAUGGGCUACGUUUGUCUUCUAAGGUUGACUUUUAGCUUUUAGUUGAAAUUCAGAUCCAAUUAUUUUCCUGAAUUUUCAAGUCGGACACAAGUCAAGGCUUUGAUCCAAUAGUUGAUGAAAUUUUACAUGUUGCUUCUGAUUUUGAGAGUGAAAAACUAGGUUUUCUAAGUUUUUCAAAAUAUUUUUAUUUUGAUUUUUCCUCUUCUAUUCAAAAAGCAAUUUUAAAAGUAUAAGUUGAACACAUCCUUAUAUAAGGUGGUUGUAUUGUAAGUGAAGCAUAUGGAUUGUGUCAUGAUAUAGCUAGGAAAAAGGAGAGAGGAGAAGAAAGAAGCUUCAUAUUCAUUGGAUGUAUUGUGGCUCAAAAUCUGACCUGACGGAUGGAUGAGCGAGGUUAGUCUACUUAGUUAGGUUGGAGGAGCAUUGUACGGUGCUGGAGCUGAUCUACAAAUACAGAAAAUGAUGAGGGGGUCAUAGGAACGUAUCCAGUCGGAGACCCUCUGGUGCUUAAGCUAGACAGAGUUUUAGGAGAAAAUGAGAUAGAUGAAAGAGAGAUUGAAGUUAGAGAACGGACCUCAAGGUGAAGAUCUUUCCGACUUCUCGGUCCAUUCCUCCCGAGGCGCCGACACCUCCCUCGCACCCAGCUUCUGAGAAGGAGGUCCACCACCCUAAUUAGACCUUGAAAUCUUCAGCCUCAGCUCUAACAAAUCCAAUGUGGCCCUUGCUUAAGGGGAUCGUCGUCUCACCGAUUGGAAGAGGUUGGAAGAUAUGAACAUGGGGAGCCUUUUCGAUGGAGUUUUUCGAGUUGUUGCCGAGAGUGUUGUCUGCAUUAUGCUCAUUCAUGAGCAGUAUUACCAGCUUCGGCGCAUGCUCAAGAGAUGGAGCACGAGUGGAACGAGGUGAAGAAGUGAAUGGACGAGCUAGAGGCAUAGUUGAAGCAGUUGUCGUGCUGAAGGGCUUGCAGACCCAAUGCAAGGCGGCUCGAUUUCGAGCUGUCGAGACUAAGGAGCAGUUGGCGGUCGAGUAGCGAGUGGCUUCUGCUGAAGAGCGAGUCCUCCAAGCUGUGGAGGUAUAUAAGGCCUCCCAAGAUUUUUAGAAAAAGUUUGCUUCAGCUUCCGUCGAUUCCUGCCUGCACGACUUACAAUUGCCAGUGUCGAGAGGUGAGGCACUUUCCCAAGUUUGACUUUAGUUGUGUUGCCCUGCCUGAGGAUGAUAAGGUGAAGGAAGCCGAGGAGCAAGAAAGAAACAAGCCUGAGGCUGUAGAACGGGAGGAGGGUAACACUGAGCAGGUGCAUUGGGGCGAAGAUGCUGCUGAUCCCACUGCACCUAUUGCCAACCUUCCUUAGGUGGCCAAGGUCCCCCCACCAAGUCCUAAGCAAUAGGUUUUGGUGUACAUCUUCUUUUGCUUGUUGGCACUGCCAUAGAGGUGUAGAGCGAGGCCAAGCAUAGCUUCUUGAGAUUGGUGACCCCUGGUGAGCUUGACCUUCUUCAAGGACAUUGACCUCGUAGGAUCUAGUGUAGUUGGAUCUCCCCAUACUUGUAUGGCUUGGCUACCGAGCUACUUCUGCCCUGUAAUUUUCAAUCAUUGAUGAAAGUACUUUUGUUCA